AUGGCCGCGUGUCCUGUUGGCAAUCACGGUAAUGGGCGAAUGUUAAUAUCAGAUCUAAUGUUCGCUUCAGGUCAGGCUGGUAGUACAGUCUACGAUGCUCUAAUGCUGCCGAUGUACAAAAGCCAUGAAGAUCAUCAACGUAAUCAUGAUUUGCUUGCUGAGGAAUUGGCAGCUGGGACAGGUUGCACAUGUGCUAGUAGAGCAAAUGCUUUGACUGCUGUUACGAACGCCUUCAACCAGAUAAAUACACCAGCAUUAAAAUUAAUUCACGACAAUCAAAUAAAUGCCACUGUCCCAGGUGUUCUACCUGUUCCUGUCCAAGUUGGUGUUUUCCCAUCCAUUGUAGGUGAACCUCUUGUCAAUACCGAAUUCCCAAUCACCCACGGCUUAACGAAUGUCUUUACCGGCGUCGAAUACUACACGAGGACCGAAUUCGUGAAGAUGGACCGUACACAGACAUUACUCCCUCGAAACAUGGAGUAUUCAUUCUGGUACGCCCUCUCAAUGGCCAUGUACGACGACGAGAUGUUCUGGGCGGGCCUCAAAGAGACCGUCUGCACACACACGUUUUCUAUCUUUACAAGCCCAGCCGAACCUCGUCACGACGUGUAUCAGGCUCUCAUCGCCUACGCCGCAAGAACUCGAUUCCCUUUCGGUAGGAUAGGCGAGCAGGUCGAGCCGGAUGCUCGACUCCCAGGCUCACCAUACACCCUCGAGCCUCCUGGCCCAGAAAUAUGGCAAUUCGUCGCCGACGCGCUGAAGAUCGAACUCUUGGUCAUCAUCGCGCAUAUCCCCGCAACUCGAAAUCCUCGAGCAAGACACAAAACCGUCGUCCCGCGAGGCGAGCACAAUAAUAAACAGAUCCUCCUCCUCCUCGAAGAAGACGGCGAGUACCGCGCCGUCCGCCCAAAAGUCGACCAUCCUACCUCCUGGCAUUUCGAGAAACACAUGCCGCCUCAUUACGCUGGGCCAAUGACUAGACCUCAACAUUUGGCACGACCGGCUGUGAUUGAGAGGUCGAAUCUGAGAAGGUGUCCGCUCGUGGAGAUUGAUGAGUGGGGAAUUCCUAAGCAUCUUGACAAAGCUGCUGGGACACCGGAGGCGAUCCCACAGGGUAUCAGGCAAUGGGCUGGGCCGGGACUGAUACCACCUGGGGCGCCGCUGCCGCCGAGGUAUGUGGCGCCAUUUGAGCCCUUGGGACGGUGGCAGCAUGAUGGCAAUGAUACUGAGGCCACGUGGGACAGGAUUGAUGAGCAUUUGAAUCCGGGGUGUAGGAGGUGGAUUUGA